AUGAGUGACGAAGCCCACUUUCACCUCAACGGCAUGGUUAACCGGCAGAAUUGCCGUUAUUGGGCUAAUGAAAAUCCACAACACUUACACGAAAGACCGCUGCACAGCCCAAAAGUUACGGUUUGGUGCACUGUAUCGCAAACUCGCAUCAUUGGCCCUUACUUCUUCGAAGACGUUAAUGGUCGUGCUGUUACCGUGAACUCAGAGCGGUACGUCGAAAUGAUCAACAACUUCUUUAUCCCCGAAUUACGACGGCAACGUGUUCCAAUCCGACGUGUGUGGUUCCAACAGGAUGGGGCGACCGCCCACACAGCCAGAGCAUCAAUGGACGUUAUUCGCCCUCUCUUCCCUGGUCGCCUUAUUUCCCGGUUUGGCGAUGUUCAUUGGCCUCCCCGGUCCCCAGAUUUAUCCAUAUGCGAUUUUUUCUUAUGGGGGCACCUCAAGGCUAGAGUAUACGAGACCAAGCCCCGAACUCUGGACGAAUUGAAAAGGGCUAUUCGCGUGGAAGUUGCCCAAGUUGAGAGAGCGAUGUUGGAGAGAGUCUACGCGAACUUCCAAGAGCGCCUCCAGCACUGCAUCACCGAUUUCGGCCACCACAUGCCUGAUGUGAUUUUCCACACUUGA